GGGGAAGUCACUCAGAAAGCAGUUGUAAACAAAAACAAAACCGGUGGCUUAAUAGUUUGCUUUUUUGCCGUCCUUUGUAUAAAUUGAGCUUAAAAUGUCGAAAUCACAGGCUGAUGAGGAUAGCGCAGUUGAUGAGAAACCAGCACUCCUUUCGUUUCUCACUGGAAAAUGGAUGGAUAUCCCUGAAUCUAAACUGUUCGGGAAGUGUCGGCCGGUUCUGGAGUUCAAGAAAGAGCAUAGACUAGGAGAAGGAACCUUUGGUGUUGUUUACAAGGCCAAGGACACACGUAAUGGAACUACAGUAGCACUGAAGCGAGUCAAGAUGCACAAUGAGAAAAAUGGAGUUCCAAUCAGCUCAUUGCGGGAAAUCAACAUUCUUCUGAACCUGAGACAUGAAAACAUAGUGCAGCUUAAAGAAGUGGCAGUUGGAAAGUCUCUUGAUAGGUUGUUCUUGGUGAUGGAGUAUUGUGAGCAGGACCUUGCCUCUCUCAUAGACAACAUGCCUUCACCCUUUACUGAGGCUCAGGUGAAAUGUAUAAUGCAGCAGUUGUUCAGAGGUCUUAGAUUUCUCCAUGAAAAUUUCAUCGUUCACAGGGAUUUGAAAGUUUCAAACUUGCUGAUGAUAGAUAAAGGGACUUUGAAAAUAGCUGACUUUGGCCUGGCAAGGAAGUAUGAACUACCACAUAAACCAAUGACUCCGCUGGUUGUUACACUCUGGUACAGAGCUCCUGAACUUUUACUUGGCUCUAAGAUACAGACAACAGGAAUUGACAUGUGGUCAGCAGGCUGUAUACUAGGAGAGCUGUUGGCUCACCAGCCAUUACUGAAGGGGCGUUCAGAAAUCCACCAGAUUGAGCUGAUUGUCCAGUUGUUAGGGACACCAAAUGACAUGAUAUGGCCGGGGUUUUCUGAACUUCCAGCUAUUCAGAAAAUCACAUUGAAGAAACAGCCGUACAACAACCUACGUCACAAGUUUUCCUGGCUGUCUGAUGCCGGUAUUCGACUGUUGAACUUCCUAUUCAUGUAUGAUCCUAACAAGCGGGCGACUGCAGAGGAUUGUCUAGACAGCUCAUACUUCAAGGAACAACCCUUGCCAUGUGAUCCCGAGCUGAUGCCAUCUCACCCCCACCACCGGCUGACCCGCAGCAAGCAACACUCUCCCACAGAGGAAGAAAAAAAAAAGGCUGCAGCUCCAAGUAACGACUUUGCAAAUUUUGAACCACCAAGUUCGGCCAAGAAGAAAAAGUUAAGCUGAAAAAUUAGCCAGUUACGAGGAUUUAAGCUGCUUUAAUGUGUGAAGAAGCAUUAUCUAUGGCUUUGGCUGCACAAUGGCAUUAACUGUGGCCAGUGGUCAUGGUGUUAUAUGAGGAUUCCAAAACUGGGGUUUAUGCCAUCUUCAGGCUAAAAUAAAAUAAAAAAGGACUGUAUUUUACAUGAGAAAGUAAUUCCGGGAUACACAGUGAAUAUUUUUUUUAUUAAAUUGUUGAAAGCAGAAUGUCUUAUGCAUAUAUUUUAAAUCAAAUACUACAUACAUGUAGUUAAUUGAUUUAAUUAUUCUCUAUUUUAAGAUAGCCUGUAUAGUGAGCAUUGUUUUCAUAUAUUAUUUUUCUGUAAUAGAAAGAAGAUUAAAGCUUAUAGCGACUGUAUUGAUGGUUUUUGUUUUACAACUUUGUUUUGCAUUUUAUCUCAUUUCAACUGUUUGAUUAUGUAGGGACCAUUUCAUUUAAACAUAUAACCCACCCCAGGGUCAAAAAGAAAUUAUAAAGGUGUCAGCUUGUGUUCAAAUUUUGCUUCUUAAAGUUUAAAAAACUUCUUUAGAGGGACGGUCCAAUUUGAAAGUUCCUUCCUGAAGUGGGUUGCAUGUUUAAAUGUAAAAGCCCUCGAAAACAUCUACAUCAUAACUGGAGAACACAAUAAAAAUUGAAAUGUG